AUGGCGUGCGAUACAAAGGCAUACGGUCUUUACGAGCUGAUUUUCAAGAGACUUCCCGACGAUGAGAAGUACACGAUGGAGGAUCUACAAAAGUACAAGAGUAUACUUCUGGCAACAAAUAUGUACAAGCGCAAUUACAACGUGAAAGGUCAAAAACUUGGUACUAAGGGGUACAAGUACAACCAUAUAAUCACACCGUUAGUGUCGGACGAAGGAAUAAAGACCCGGUCCAAGACGAAAUCUGGAAAAGGAUUACCUCGCGCUAUGACGCUAAACAACAAUGCGAGUGAUUACGUGCACUGGGAUGAUCCCAAUGAACUUGUGGACAGCUUACGAUUGCUCGACGCUUCGCGCCGAGACGGUCACAACGCGCAUGACAACGAGAUGCUGUCCAUUAUCGAGGAACUUCGUUUACCCAAGACGAUAUUCGAGAAGGGUGAUACGCCAAAUUGGACCACCGAAGUGUUUAAGAUCGUUACAGUACAACGCACCAAUCCCGUAACAUAUCUACUCGAGGAUUAUCACGGAGAACUCGUCGCAGGGACGUUCUACGAGUACGAGUUGCAUCGCGCCACUAACCCAGAUGUGUAUCUUGUGAAAAAGGUACUGCGCAGGAAGGGUGACAAGGUUUAUGUGAAAUGGAGCUCCAGGUUGGCUCUGACGGCGGAAGAUGGUCCUCAGGAACGAUUGGAGUUUCUGGCUCGCUAUCCUGCGGUAGCAAAGAUUGCUGGAGAGUUUGAGAUUUCGCAUCUGAAGAGGCUUCAGGAGGCAACCGCGGAUUUUGAUACGGAGGAUGAAGUGCGGACCCAGUUCGAUAAAAUCCAUUAUAAGAUAAAGGCCAAGUACUUCGCGCUCACCAGUGUAAAACUGCCCAAGAUAGCGUUGCCCGUCUUCUCGGGGGACGCGUCUUUUUGGCCGUCAUUCAUCGCGUUGUACAACACUUUGAUACACCACAAUGGGCAGCUGGCGAACAUUGCAAAAUAUCAAUACUUGUUGGCCUCGUUAUUGGGAGAAGCGCUUCAGGUGAUAAAGAACGUGAAAUUCGACCCGGACCACUAUUCCAUCGCCUACGAUUUAUUGAUUGAACGAUAUCAGAACAAGCGGAGGUUGUCCACGAAUUAUUGGCAUUCCCUGGUACAUGCUAAGCCACUGAAGACGGAUUCAGCAAAGGCGUUGCGCCAACUGUUGGAUACAUUCAACGCAAAUACUCGGGCGCUGCAGAUGAUGGAGUUCCCGGUCGAUUCUUGGGAUUUCGUCUUGUUCAAUACGCUAUUGGACAAGCUCACCCCAUCUCUCCAGGAGAAGUUCGAGGCGGAGCAUCGAAAAACAGAGAUUCCCAAAUAUGCUCAACUUACGGCAUUCCUUGGCGAAUAUAUUAAGGUUUUUGCAUCAAUGACUGAGAGGAUGGGAUCCAUAACUGGACAUCCCUCGAAGUCAAAGGCCUUGGCAUCCUCCUUCGUGGCGAGCGUGGAUUCCUGUCCAGUCUGUGGAGAAUCACAUCUCGCGGCGAAGUGUUCUCGUUUUUUUAAACUGCCUCCUAAGGAGAGGCACUCAACUGCCAAGAAGCUAAAGAUGUGCUUCAACUGCUUGCGUCUCGGUCAUGGGCUUGGAGGGUGUACAUCGACGUGGACUUACCGGGAGUGCGGAGCCAAGCAUCACACGCUGUUGCAUCUUCCGGUUUCGAAAUCUACGGUGACCUCGGCGGUUACCGGCACCUCCUCUGACUCAGUAGCUGAGACGGUUUCUCUCGCACAAGGAGACGAACCUCUCGUUACCACGACGAGUGUUUCUCGGUCGAACUCCAUCGUCCUGUUGUCGACUGUACGGGCCGAGGCUUUGGACGUAAAUGGUGCUCCAUUCUCUGUUCGCAUCUUACUGGAUAGCGCUAAUCAAGCGAAUUUUAUUACCGAGAACUGCAUGCGGAGAGGAGGUUUUAGUCGGACCAAGAAGCACACAGUAAUCAUGGCGGUGAACAAUGCCAGAGCAGCUACCACCCGGGGUAAUGCCUCGUUCGUAAUUCAACCGUGUGGCCAGAGUGAUACUCGUAUUCCCAUUGAGGCUACAAUUCUACCGUGGAUCUCUGCCCAAUUGCCUGGCAGUCACAUUGAGAGCGAGCCUUGGAAUCAUUUGGAUGGGCUCAAGCUUGCCGAUCCGCACUAUCACCAGCCAGGUCCUAUUGAUGUGCUAAUUGGAGCUGAUGUGUUUACGUCCUUACUGCAGGAUGGUCGUCGAGUGGGAGCAAGAGGUGAACCGGAUGCAUUCAACACUAUUUUCGGAUGGGUCCUCCUGGGUUCCGUAUCAUCGCGCGCACCGCGCCCGGUGCAUUCCUUCUUGACUCUUGACACAUCUGAUGACUUCCUCAGUCGAUUUUGGCAGUUGGAAGAAGUUCCUGAUAUCUCUACAAACUCGGAGGAAGACAGGAGAUGCGAGGAAUUAUUUGCGCGAACUACACGUCGUGAAGUCUCAGGGUUUAAGGUUGACUAUCACCAGUUCAUGCAGGAUUAUCUGGAUAAUGGUCACAUGGAAUUGAUAACCCAGCCAUUCCCAACGGACGGAGCUGUUUUCUACUUGCCUCAUCAUGGGGUGUUGAAACUAGAUUGUACAAAGACAAAACUGCGAGUAAUAUUUGACGCGUCGGCCGUGUGCAGCAAUGGGUUGUCGCUUAAUCGAACGCUGUUGGCCGGUCCGAAGCUGCAGGUAGACAUAAUGGCUAUUUUGUUAAGAUUUCGUUUUGGAACAGUGGCACUAUCCGCGGAUGUAAAGCAAAUGUUCCGUCAAGAAUGGCUAGAUCCUAGUCAACGUGACAGAGAAUUCCGCUUUGAAGACAUCGCUUUACGUGGACGACAUAGUGGUGAGCGUGCAUUCGGUGGAGGAAGCCCGGGAGCUUCAGAGACAACUGCAGCAGCUACUCGCAAGUGCAGGUUCGAGUUCAGAAAAUGGAGCAGCAGCCACCCAGCUGUUCUGGGCGAUCUGGAUCCCACCCUUUGUGACCGUUCGCUGCUCUCAUUUGAAUCAGCGGAAGAACAGUUUCUGAAGAUAUUGGGACUUCGCUGGUAUGCCCAAUCAGAUAGCUUCGGUUUCCAGGUCAACCCAUUGAGCAGGGAAUGUACUAAGCGCACGAUUCUCUCGGAAGUGGCGCGAAUAUUCGAUCCAUUAGGCUUCUUGACUCCUCUCACGUUCGCAGCCAAGCGCUUGAUACAAAAGCUAUGGGUAUUGAAGGUCGACUGGGAUGAUCAACCCCCCGCCGAGGUAUGUUUACGUUAG